GUUUAGUUUUUUAUAUAGAAAAAAGGAGGCAGGAGGGUUGAAAAUUGAAAUGAAGAAAAAUGGUGAAUGCUGUGACUCACAGUCAGAAUCAGUGUGUGCUGUUGUUGAAGUUGAAUCCCAAUUGCAGAAGGAGCAAGAGCAGCGUCUUCCCAAAACCCUAUGCCACAUUCCCAUCCCUCACCACUCAAAUUUGCCACGCCUCUUUCCACCGAUUACCUUUCGCUGACACAGUUUCAGACACAAAGCACAGAACUCUUCUGGUUGAGACUUACCAUCACCAUGACAGCCUCAGAGCCCUACUUGUAAAGCUUGAGAGGGAGGAUUCCGACCCUAUCAACAUACUCGCCCAAGAUGGAGAUUGGUCCAAAGACCAUUUUUGGGCUGCUGUCAGGUUCCUUAAACAUGCCUCAAGGUUCGCCGAAAUCCUUCAGGUGUUUGACAUGUGGAAGAACAUUGAGAAAUCUCGGAUUAGUGAGUUCAACUAUAACAAGAUAAUAGGCUUGUUAUGCGAAGAUGAAACGAUGGAAGAGGCGUUAGCUGCAUUGCAAGAGAUGAAAGUUCAAGGUAUGAAGCCUUGUUUGGACACUUAUAAUCCAAUAAUUCAUGGAUUAUCCAGAGCUGGUAAGUUCAGUGAUGCUUUACGGUUUUUUGAUGAGAUGAAAGAAUCUGGCUUAGAGCCAGAUUCUGAAACCUAUGAUGGUUUGAUUGGAGCCUAUGGGAAAUUUCAAAUGUAUGAUGAGAUGAGUGAGUGUGUGAAAAAGAUGGAGUUGGAUGGAUGUCCUCCCGAUCAUAUCACUUAUAAUAUACUUAUCCAGGAGUAUGCUCGAGGUGGGCUACUCCAGAGAAUGGAAAAGCUAUACCAGAGAAUGCUUUCAAAGAGAAUGAAAUUGCAAUCUUAUACUUUUGUUGCAAUGCUAAAGGCUUACACCACAUUUGGGAUUGUUGAAAAGAUGGAAAAAUUUUACAGGAAAGUCUUGAAUUCAAAAACAUGUGUAGAGGAUGAUGUGAUUAGAAAAAUGGCUGAAGUUUAUAUCAAGAACUACAUGUUUUCUCGACUGGAAGACCUGGCACUAGACUUAUGUUCGGCAUUUGGUGAGAGUGAUCUUGUUUGGUGUCUCCGACUCCUUUCUUAUGCAUGUCUUUUGAGUAAAAAGGGAAUGGAUAUAGUAGUUAAAGAAAUGCUAGAUUCCAAGAUCAAUUGGAGUGUUGCUGUUGCAAAUAUUAUCAUGUUGGCUUAUGUGAAAAUGAAAGAUUUCAGGCGUUUGAGAAUUUUACUGUCUCAACUGCCAAUCUACCGGGUGCGGCCUGAUAUUGUCACUGUUGGAAUUGUAAUGGAUGCCAGUAGAAUUGGUUUUGAUGGUAGAGGAGCUUUAGAAUCAUGGAGAAGAAUGGGCUAUCUGGACAGAGUAGUAGAAUUGAAUACAGAUUCUCUGGUCAUUACUGCGUUUGGGAAAGGUCAUUUUCUUAAAAGCUGUGAAGAAGUGUACUCUUCUCUUCACCCUGAGGACAGAGAAAGGAAAAAAUGGACUUACGAUGAUCUCAUUGCUUUAUUGUCAUGAAUCAAAUAUACUGGUAGAAUGACUGUAUGAAACCAAGAUAGUUCGUUAUUCCAUCUUUGCUUUUAUGAAGUAAAGAAAAUGUAAAAAAAUAGUGACUUCUCACUUCUGCUUGCUCUUUUCUUUUAAAUUUAAUUUAAUGCAUUUGCACUGUCA